AUGGGUGAAAAGAUUUUGGCGGGUCCAGAGUUGAUCAAAAUUACUCAUGACAAGAUCCGAGUUAUACGAGAAAGAAUGAAAGCGGCACAAGAUUGGCAAAAGUCAGAUGCGGAUAAACAGAAGCGACCAAUUGAGUUCUCCGUAGGAGAUAUGGUCAUGUUGAAAGUAUCGCCUUGGAAGGGAGUUCUGAUAUUUGGUAAGCAAGGUAAACUAAGUCCUCGUUUUGCCUUCAAGAUACUUGAGCGAGUGGGAAACCAAGCUUAUCUAUUGGAGCUACCGGAAGAACUCAUCGGAAUUCAUGAUGUCUUUCAUGUAGGUUAUCUACGAAAGUGCCUUGGUAAACAUAAUGAGACGGUUCCCUUGGCAGAGGUAAAACUUGAUAAACGGUUGAGAUACAUUGAGGAACCGAAAGCUAUCUUGAAUGAAAGAACGAUGAACCUUCAAAAUAAGAUUGUAGACUUGGUGUUGGUCAAAUGGAAUCAUCACUGA